GGGGCCGCUAUAUAACCGGGGCUGAUGCAACCCAUCCCGCCGCCCGCCACAGCCUGCGGGAGGGACGCACCGGGGCAGUGCAGCGACGGGGGGGCUGUGGCAGCAGCCGAGGCGGCGGAGGCUGCAGAGGCAGCGGCAGCGGCGGCUGCAGAAGCAGCGGGGGAGGUAGCGCCUGCUGUCCAGGCGCCGCGGCGGCUCCCGGGACAGGACGGGCCUGGGCACGGGAACGGAGCUCUGGAGCCGGGCGGUAGCGGGACUCGGCUUACGGCCGUCCUCCGCCUGCUCCUGCAGCCCUGCACGGGGGGCGCCGCCUCCGCUUCCUCCCUGUGCACGGUGGGUACUAGAGGCACGCGCUUCGUGGACUUUCCCCUCCCCCCCAGUCCAGGGGGAAGCCCCCUGCAGACCUGGGCGCUUGGGACACCUUCUUCCCCCCCGGGCGCAGCGUCCUGCUCACCCUGAGCCCUUCUCCGGGGCGGAGCUCCCCGCGCACCCUGAAACCCCUCCCGGAGUGGAUCUUCAUGAAGACCUGGGACAGGUCUCCCAGGCAAGGCGGCGGUGUCUUUCCUUCUGCUAUGAUGCCAGGGCAGAUCCCAGACCCUUCUUUGACAGCAGGCGCUCUGCCAGGUCUUGGCCCCCUGACGGGACUCCCUGGCACUGCACUGACCGCAGAGGAGUUGAAAUACGCUGACAUCCGUAACAUUGGUGCCGUGAUCUCACCCUUACAUUUUCUGGAGGUGAAAUUGGGGAAGAGACCUCAGCCAGUGAAGAGUGAGCUAGAUGAGGAAGAGGAGCGGAGGAAAAGACGCCGGGAGAAGAACAAAGUGGCAGCAGCUCGAUGCCGGAACAAAAAAAAAGAGAGGACAGAGUUUCUGCAAAGGGAAUCAGAGCGCUUGGAACUCAUGAAUGCAGAACUGAAGGCACAAAUUGAGGAGCUCAAGCAGGAAAGGCAGCAGCUGAUCUUAAUGCUAAACCGACAUCGUCCCACUUGUAUUGUGAGGACAGACAGUGUGAAGACCCCGGAGUCUGAAGCCAACCCACUACUGGAACAACUGGAGAAGAAGUGAAAGUGGGUUGGGAGAAGAAAGAAGAGGAGGAUGAGGAGGGAGGAGGACGUAGGGUCCCACUCGGGCCCUUUGUUUAUGUGUGAAAAACUUUGCAACAAGGCUCAGCACCGCCACAAUACAGCGGGCUUCUUUGUGGAAUACAGACCAGCAACACAUGGGGAAGGGAGGGUUGAGGGAAACUCUUGAGAUCAGUGAUGAUGAAUCGAGACAAAGUCGAAACAGGGGAGGGGGUGAUCCAGUGCCUGGGGUUACAGUGAUGAGGGAGAAAAGGGUGAAUGAAGGAAGGGACCCCCCCCCCCCAACCUCCAUGGCUACAGUCUCUUCUCCCAGCCUUUCCCAUCAGUGUCCCUGUCUUUUGUGACAGCUACUGGCAUUGGAAAAGUUGAAAACAAAAAAAUCCCAAUGGAGUUCAGAAUGGAAUUUCAGUAACUACCACCCAGCCCUUUACCCCCAAGUAAUAAAGCAGAGCAGGCGAGGGAUGUGAUACAGGACCAACAAGCGCUGCCAGUGGCCUCCAUCUGCAUGUCCCUGUCCAUCGUCAUCCCCCUGGAUCCUGCCCAUGUUCUUCCUGUGUCCCUGGGAAGACCCCUCCUUAACAGACCUCACUCCCUGCUGGAGUUUGCUGUGGGCACUGAGGCGCGGGCGCCCUUCCAAAGCACAUACUCACUAAUGUUUACAGCCUGGCUGUCCCGGCAGUGCUUUAACUGCACAUUUUUACACUUCUCUCUUUUUUUUUUAAUAUUUUUUACAAAAAGAAAAAGGUUUUAUACAGCAAUAUAUAUAUGGAUUUAUAUAAUCACUCGACGUGAUAUGGUAUAAAUAUGUUAUGGUUUGUUUGUUACGAACAAAUACUCAACAGUUAUUGCCAUUGUGUGUAAGUCAAUGUUAAGUGCUGUAGUCCCUGGGCGCCCUAGGGCUGGUGCCCGUGGAGGGGGUGCCUGAUGCCUGAUGCAGUGAUCCCGAAGGAGGUGAUGCCCAUUUCCAUCCGUGUAAGCCCUUCAUAGUACUCAGUCCUGUAUCGCUCAGUAAACGUUACUCUUACUUA